CGCCGCACCGCGCAUGCGCAAAGCCACUCUAGUGGGGGGGGGCUUUCGUUCUAUUAGUGAGUACAUCGGAAAAACAAAAGCCGUUUUUAAGGAUAAAUUCAGCGAAUCGCCAUCGGGAGAGAGUCACACCUGCAGCCGGCAGAGAAAAAGGUUGUCGCUGGUUGAACUGAGGGUUUUGCGAAAAGCCAAGCCAUGGUGGAGUAUUACCAGAUUUUAGGAGUGCAGAAGAAUGCAUCUCCGGACGACAUUAAGAAAGCGUACAGAAAACUAGCCUUAAAGUGGCAUCCUGACAAGAACCCAGACAACAAGGAGGAGGCGGAGAAGAAGUUCAAAGAAAUAUCUGAGGCUUAUGAAGUCCUUUCAGAUGCAAACAAGCGCAGUACUUAUGAUCGGUAUGGUAAAGAAGGCUUAACAGGAAGUGGUGGAGGGGGACAUUAUCAUAACGGUGAUCCCUUCGAAGGAUUUACAUUCCGCAAUCCAGAAGACGUCUUCAGAGAGUUCUUUGGCGGUCAAGAUCCGUUUGCUGAUUUCUUUGGGGGCGAUCUGUUUGGUGACGAUUUGUUCUUCGGUGGUGGGCGGCGGCACCAGCGUGGCAUGAGCAGGAGCAGAACGGGCGGUUCAUUUUUCGGGGGGUUUGGAGGGUUCCCCUCUUUCGGAGGGGGAUUUCCGGCUUUUGACACAGGUUUUGGCACCUUUAGUCACAUGGGACACGUGGGACACAUGGGACACGUGGGACACGUAGGACAUGUGGGACACAUGGGACACGUGGGACACAUGGGGCACAUGGGAGGAGGGGGCUUCACCUCCUUCUCCACCACCUCCUUUGGGGGAGGAGGAGGAGGAGGAGGAGGAGGCAGCGGAAUGGGAAAUUUCCGCUCCGUGUCCACUUCAACCAAAUACGUAAAUGGCAGGAAAAUCACUACAAAAAGAAUUGUAGAGAACGGACAGGAGCGGGUAGAGGUUGAAGAAGAUGGACAGUUAAAGUCGUUAACCAUAAAUGGAAGGGCCCUUGAGUUAGGGCAAGAGGAGAACAAAAAAGUGAGCAAAGCACUCCCUCACUCCUCUUCCAACCCCUCCCAUUCUCACUCCAGCCAGCGGGAACAAGAAAGUAGAACCCAAGUUAAAGAACAAAGUGGAGUGAAGCGGAAGAAGGCCACACCGAACGGAGAGACUAAAAAGCACAAAGAAUCUUGAAAUGUUUCUGCCAUGUUUCAGCACAUCUGCAGCAGUCAGGAGUGUAAGUGUGGAAUAACCUAAAUGAUGGCUUGUCAACUUGUUUUGCGUCUUAACUGAAAGUGUAUAACUCAUUUUUUGACCAUGACUUUGAGUAACUAACAAAGCAUUUAACAAAAAGUAAAAAAAUUCUUUUCUUUUCAUAAGCAAUUACUAAAGACAUGUAAAUUAUACCUGGCCAAAGGCCUUGAAUCUUGAAA